AUGCCCGGCUCUGGUUCGAGCACGCCGUCACCACGUUCAUCCCGGUGGUCGUUCUUGUCCUCACGUUCCUUCGCCUUGCACGCCAUUCCCAUCUCCUACGCCCUCGCGUACCCACCGCAUGUCUACGUGCUGGGCACGCUGAUGAAAGCGUCCUCGUCGAACUACGCAUUCACCAACAUGGUCCCGCGCGUGAACUUGGAGCGCCUUGGGCCCUCGCUCCCCAAGGCGACGACAGACAUGCUCUGGCGCGCGAGGGGUUGCCAUCUGAAUACCCUAGAAGGAUUUCCUUUGUUUGCUGCGGCAAUGCUCGCAGGAACGUACACAUCUUUGCCCACGCGGGACCUCAACAUCUGCGCGGCAGAAUACCUUGCCGCCCGGGUCGUGUACAACGUGCUCUACAUGACGGUCCGCAGCGAGGCGGCAAGUUAUCUCAGGACAGCGGUCUACUUCUAUAGCGUCGGCAUACCUUUCUACGUCCUCUGGAAGGCGGGCCAGAAGGCCGCGGGCGCCAUCGCACAGGAGAAAGGAAAAGGGGAGUAA